AUGCGUUACGGCUACAGCACCAUCUUGCUCGCCGCCUCCGAGGCUGCGCUUGCCGCUCCCGCCGUGCGCCGGGCUGCUGCUCCCACUGCUUCCGUGAAGAACGGAACUAUUGAGGGCAUUCACAACGCCGAGUACAACCAGGACUUUUUCCUCGGCGUUCCCUUUGCUCAGCCUCCUGUCGGCGAGCUCAGGUUCCGCGUGCCUCAGCCCCUCAACAGCACCUUUGAGGGUACCCAGUCCGCUACCAGCUAUGCUCCUUCGUGCAUUGGCUACGGCUCUGACCAAUUUGGCUACGAAAUCUCCGAGGACUGCUUGUACCUCAAUGUUGUGAAGCCUUCAGGCUAUGAGAACCAGUCUCUCCCUGUAGCCUUUUGGAUCCACGGUGGCGGCUACACCCAGGGUGGUGGUGGCGACCAUCGGUACAACCUAUCCUUCAUCGUCCAGAACGGCGUUGAUAUCGGCAAGCCUUUCAUUGGUGUCUCGACCAACUACCGCCUCAGUGCCUGGGGUUUCCUGAACGGUGAUGCUGUUCAGGAGUCUGGCAACACCAAUCUUGGUCUUCGUGACCAACGCCUGGCCCUUCACUGGCUCCAGGAGAACAUUGCCGCUUUUGGCGGUGAUCCCGACAAAGUUACCAUCUUUGGAGAAUCCGCCGGUGGGUCGUCUGUCGGUUUCCAGCUGACUGCCUACAAUGGCCGUGACGACAGUCUCUUCCGUGCUGCCAUCAUGGAGUCUGGCUCCCCUAUCUACUACUCCAGCCUGAACGACAGCGCCGGCUUCCAGGCGAGGUACGACACGGUCCUCUCGCAGACUGGCUGCUCCAACUCCACCGAUGGUCUUGCUUGCCUGCGUUCUCUUCCCUACGAAGAUCUGAACGCCGUCAUCAACCAGACUGCACUGACCAGCUGGGGACCGGCUAUUGACUACGACUUCAUCGCUGGCAAGACCUCGGAGCAACUCGUCAAGGGUGACUUCGUCCAGGUGCCCAUCAUCAUCGGAGCGAACUCGGACGAGGGUCAAUCUUUUGGACCUCAGGGUAUCAAUACCACCGAAGACUUCGUGAAGACGCUUCAGUCCUCUGGAAUCCCCUCCAACUUCACAUCCACCAUUCUUGCUGCCUACCCGGAUAUCCCCGCCGAGGGUAUUCCGGGCUCGCCGCCGCUGGGCUUCCUGCCCCCUGACUUCCGCUACGGUGCUCCUCAAGGCGCUCAGUACCGCCGCAGCGCCGCUUACUACGGUGACCACUACUUCGUUGGCAACCGCCGCCUGACGUGCGAGAGGUGGGCUGAGCACGGCCUGCCGGCCUACUGCUUCCGCUUCAACGCCAUCCCCAACGGCGCUACGGCUGCUGCCCACUUCCAGGAGGUUGCCUUCGUCUUCAACAACAUUCUCGGAACCGGCUACAACGAGCCCAUCUCGUCCAAGCCCUUCGAGAACCGCGGCCAGAACUACGUCGACCUCGCCAAGUUCAUGAGCGCCUCCUGGGCCAGCUUCUUCGUCGACCUUGACCCCAACGGCUACAACCUCCAGGGCAACGCCACCGUCGAGAAGUGGGAGCCCUACAAUGUUGCUGACCCCAAGGACAUGGUUUUCCACGCCAACGUCACCAGCUACAUCGAGGAUGACACCUACAGGGCUGCUGGUAUGAAGUUGUUCAGGGAUUACGCUUCCACCGUCUACCACAGGUAG